UAAUUUUGUUAUGGGCAGGCAGGCAUAAAGGGUGUAACAACAAGGAGAGGCGUCUGGAAAAUAUCUUUACCCAAUAUAAAAUGAGUAUAAUUAAUCAGAAUCAGAGAGUUUGACUAGAUUUUCCUGUCUGCUUCAGCAAAACUCACUCUCGCCUCCUCUGAAAAAUAAAAAUGGAUGCUCUAAGUGGCAGCAAUGGUGGGUUUUGGUGGAAAUUCCAUUUGAAUUCCAAACGUGGUCGCAAUUCCAAUUCUCGUAGAAACUCGCAAUCCGGUGGCUCCAGUGGAGGUGGCGGCGGCGGCAGAACGAACUACAGAUUUCCAUUGAAACAAGCUGUUACGGCUAGUUGUCUAGCACUUACUGGUGAUACCAUUGCUCAAGUGACUACUCAUUUUAAGGAUCUUCAUCGUAACGAUGAUGAUAAGAACAACAACAACAAGGAUGUCCUGUCAUCUCUAUUGUCAAAGCAUGACUGGCUUCGAUCACUUCGGAUGAGUACAUAUGGUUUUUUCCUGUAUGGUCCAGGCUCUCAUGCGUGGUAUCAAUACCUAGAUUACUCUUUGCCUAAGCAAUCCGUACAAAAUUUCUUGCUAAAGGUUACUUUAAAUCAAGUAGUUCUUGGUCCAAUUGUCAUUGCUGUUGUUUUUGCUUGGAACAAUUUAUGGGUUGGAAAACUCAAAGAGCUUCCUAACAAGUACCAGAAGGAUGCGCUUCCUACGCUACUCUAUGGAUUUAGGUUUUGGAUUCCAGUCAGUGUACUAAACUUCUGGCUGGUUCCUCUUCAGGCCCGGGUCGGAUUCAUGUCUACCGCCUCCAUAUUUUGGAACUUCUAUCUGUCAUCGACGAUGAUCAAGUAGUAAUCUGUUCUGAGCCAUUUAAAUUAUGAGAACUUGAGAUACAGACCUUCAAAACUGUGUUGAAGUGGAAUAGAUAAGCAUGAUUGUUAUUGCACCUGCUCAAGAUUAGCAACAUCUCUUUUUCAAAAAGAUUAGCAACAUCUAUCAUGACUUUUAACCUUGCUAACUAUUUGGGGAAAUUGUUAUCAUUUCAUUUUUGUCUUUGGAAAGGCGUAAGCAUUCUUUGUUUUUCUAUAUUAACUGGUGUAAAUGCAGCAAAUGCUCAUCUUUUGUAAGCAUCAUGUACCCAGAAUCUUGUUGAAAAAUAAAAGAACGCAUUUUAAGAUAUUGGAUGAUCUUG